AUGAUUCACACCUCACCUCAUCCACCUGUCGAGCUCCCCGUUUGUUCGGUCUGGGACAAAGGUGAGUAGCAACCACCUCGCACACCCUUUCGAUGCCUAAUUCCGCAGAGGAGGAGCCGGCCGACCAAGUCGGGCCGCUCCGACCGGACCUUCUGACCCUCACGAGCGAGCACUGACCCUCUUUCGGUCCCCGGCCUUGAACCCUCUAUUACAGUCUGGUCGAACCCUGCUGGACUUGCUGAUUCCGAAGUGGCCGUCAUCGAUGGUCCUUCAGGCCGAACUCACACGUCGGUCCCAUUAGGAGUGCCCAGGCACCCCUGUUCAAGCAAGAACACCGCCGAGCUCGACAAGUCCGGUCGGCUGACGUUUCGCCCUUUCCCGCUGCCCCCCUCUCUCUCUCCUCAAUAGCCGAGGUGACCUGAAGAAGAAAUCACAACAGCUUGCGUAUGGGUACCGACAACUUGGUCUGACCCCAGGCCAAGUAGUGUGCAUCUUCUCCCCCAACUCGUUCUAUUACCGUCAGUUUCUUUGUUGUCGGCCUCUUCAUUUCUUGAGCCCCCAUAUCCUUUACCCCGGGAUCGUCUGACGCGUCUCGACGCUUACGCUCCGUUUUCGUCUUCGUCCUGCACAGACAUGAUCGUCUUGGCCGCUCAAUGCGCUGGAUGUGUACUCAGUGGCGCCAAUGCGGCUUAUACAUCCCAAGAGAUGGCACACCAGUUGUCGGACAGUUCAACCGAGUUGGUGAGUCGACCGAACUGAGCAGCGGCGGUCGGAAAUUCGGUUCUGGAGUUAAGCACUCAAGGUUUUAUAUCCUGAAUCGUUGGUUAAUAUAGUUGAUGUGCCACCCGAGCAACCUCGAUGUGGCUCUCAAAGCUACAAAGGCCGUCGGCUGGUCCGAGCACAAGCAAAAGGAACGUAUUGUCCUCGCCGUCAUGACUGACGAAGCAGGUCCUGCAGGAAACAGUGAGCCACGGAUCAUGGUUGCAUUGCACCCUCUUUCUGACCUUUCGACGCUCAUCUUCUCGUCCACCUUCCUUUGCACAGCUUACAAAUCCAUCUCGGACCUGGUCAAGAGCAAACACGAGUUGACCCCUUUCCGUGUCGAGGAUCCCAAAUCGACCGUCGCCUACCUCGGUUACUCAUCCGGUACCUCGGGCAAGGCCAAGGGCGUACGUACGUCGCAUUACAACAUGACGUCGGUGUUGAGUAUUCUCAAACCUUUUGUCGUCACUAAAGACGGUGAGUUCACUUCGUCCGUGGUGGUCCGUGCGGCCGGGAGGGGAAGGAGCUGAAACCUCAACUUUUGACAUCCAUGUGAAGACGUCCACCUCGCCGUCCUGCCCCUGAACCACAUCUACGGCCUGACUAAACUACUCCACUGGCCUUUGAUCACGGGCAGCAAAGUGGUCGUCAUGCCCAAAUUUGACCUCGAGCCGUUCUGCGCGAUCGUGCAAAAGUACAAAUGCAGCGUAUGCAUGCUCGUACCCCCGAUAGCUUUACUCCUCGCUCGGGAACCCAUCGUCGAUUCCUACGAUUUCUCCUCGAUGCGUUUGAUCGUUUCAGGGGCAGCACCCUUGAGUGGUGAAUUGGCGGAAGAGGUUUCGAAACAAUUAGGAGCGGCGGUGUGUCAGGCCUAUGGAUUGACGGAGACGUCGCCGACGACGCAUUAUUGUCCGAUCGAGACGCCAACGCCGGGGAGUAUUGGACCUCUUUUACCGAUGAUGAGGGGGAGGAUCGUCGAUCCCGAGACGGGGAGGGAUGUCGAACCUGGGGAACAAGGGGAGAUGUGGUUGCAAGGACCUAAUGUUAUGGUACGUAGCAGAAAGCUCGGAAACGGAAGAACAAAUCCUGACUUUACGGUCUCUUCCUCCAGCUCGGCUACCUGAAUCGACCCGAAGCGAAUGCCGAAACUCUCGUUGAAGACGCCCAUGGCCGUUGGCUCAAAACAGGUGACAUUGCCUGGGUCGAUCAAAAAGGCUACUACUUCAUAACGGACCGUCUAAAGGAACUGAUCAAAUACAAAGGCUUCCAAGUCGCCCCUGCCGAACUCGAAGGUACAUGUCUCGAAUGCCCUUACGUGGCUGAUGUUGCGGUGAUUGGUGUAUGGGACGAUGAUCAAGCGUCGGAAUUGCCGAGGGCUUAUGUGGUGCUUAGUGCGGAGGGGAAGAAGCAGAGUGAUGGUGCGAAGGCGGUGAGGGAGUGGGUUGAUCAGAGGGUUAGUGCGCAUAAGAAGCUGAGGGGUGGGGUCAAGAUUGUGGAUAUGGUGCCCAAGAGUCCGUCGGGUAAAUUAUUGAGGAGGAUCUUGAGGGAGGAGGCUAAGGCCGAGGCGGCGCAGGCGAAAGCGGCCAAGCAGAAGGCCAAGUUGUAA